CUAGUUCUCUCACAAAACCAAACCAUUCCAAUACAAAAACAUUGUUUAGCUAUGGCCAACCAAUACUUUAGGAUCGCUUUUCUUCUCUCCCUCUUCUUGUCCCUCUCUUAUCAAAGCAUAAGAAUUGAGGCUAGGGUAGGCAAAGGAUGUAUAGGCAAAUGUUACAGAUCUCCUACUCCUUCCCCGUCGAUGAUAGAUUCAGAAGAACAAGCCAACAAAGAACAAAUCAACCUUAAAAGACUUACGGUAUCUCCUAUCGCUUCUGCUUCAGUGAAACUUACGCCUCCUUAUGCUUCUCCUUCGGUGAGACUUACGGGCACAACUCCCAACGCUUCCCCUUCGGUGAGACUUUCAGGGACAACUCCUAACGCUUCCCCGAGACUUGCAGGGACAACUCCCAACGCUUCCCCUUCGCUUAUGCCUCCUAACCCUUCCCCUUCAGUGAGACUUGCAGGGACAACUCCUAACGCUUCCCCAAGACUUGCAGGGACAACUCCCAACGCUUCCCCUUCGCUUACGCCUCCUAACCCUUCCCCUUCGGUGCGACUUGCAGGGACAACUCCUAACGCUUCUCCGAGACUUGCAGGGACAACUCCCAACGCUUCCCCUUCGCUUACGCCUCCUAACCCUUCCCCUUCGGUGAGACUUGCAGGGACAACUCCCAACGGUUCCCCUUCGCUUACGCCUCCUAACCCUUCCCCUUCGGUAGUCUCUCCGAAUGCUUCCCCCUCCUUCCAUACAUGAAUAUUAUGUCCUAAACUAGAUGUAACCCUGAAAUCUCUAUGUUUUGUUUUAUAAUUAGUUUACAUUAAUAAAAAGGAUCAAAUCUCCGUUUUGGUUUUAAAGUGAUGAAA